AUGGCCAGCGAUGGAAACGUCCUCGAACCUCUGCUGGGACGUCCUCUGAUCCAUUCGGCAGAGAUGACCUACGGCAGGCCUGGUAAGUGCUCUCAUCUGCUCUCAUUCACACAAGCUAAAGUUCAGCAGGUUAUAUGUUAUAUAUCAUGUUCACCUGUAGUUCUUGUAGAAGAGGAGCAGGUGGUCAGUCCAGACGACCUGAGUUACUCCAGGCAGGCGUAUCUGUCCCAGGGUGCCGCAGGAUUCGGUUACCCAUCCCUCAUCACUGGAGACAUCAGCAGUGACGGUCAGCGGUUCAUUUCAAUAUGCUCUUCCCUUAAACUCGCUGUCUCAGAACAGCUGGAUUCGUCUCGAGUCGAGAUGCAAAAGAACGUUCAGGUCUUGCUGGAAAAGCCGUUGUCGAGUCGUUUCCUGGGCGGCAGGAAGCAGUAUCGCAAACGAGGCGGCAACACAGAGUGUUUCUGGAAAUACUGUGUCUGA